AAGGGGGCGCGGCGGGCGGGCUGGGGCUCCGCUCCCCCUUCCCUUUCCACUCCUGAAGGGCGCGGAGUGAGCGCAGGGCACCGCGGCAGGCGGGAUCCCGGGCUGAGCCGCCCGGCCGGGGGGAGCAGAGCUGCCCCUUCAGGCCGGCCUAAACUCAGGCUGCACCAGCAGAAAGGUCUCGCCUCGGGACCCGAGCGCCGCAGUGGGAAUCAAAGCGUUUGUGCCUCGUCCAAGGCCGCGGUGCCCGGGCGGCACAGCCGCGGCUGCGGCGCUUGGAGCUCGGUAUGGCGCGGCCCUGCUGUGGUGGGGCCGUGCCUCGGCGCGAGGGGCGGCGUCUCCGCGGUCCAGCACUGCCGAGAGGCUUCAUCCAAAGCGCGUAGUGUAGGGUGAGGGAGUUGCUGCCCUUCGGAGGCUUUCAGGGUUUGAGCUGUCGCUGAGGAAAGCGGCAGCAAACGCGGGGAACGAAGCGCGGGCGUAGGAAGCUGCGUUGGAGCUCGUUCCCCGGGCAGCAUGUGCCAGCCCCGCCGUAGAAACACCUGGCCCUGAGGAACUGGCUUCGUGUGAAGAGCCUCCUCUGCAAGGUGCCCUUACGUCAGGGGGAGAUCAGGUCACUUCUCCUUUGCCUCUGUGUGGAAGCAAGAACUUGAAUGCCAUCACCAGAGAUGCGUGGGAGCACUUUGCUCACAGGAGGCAAUGAGCAAUAAAAACAAACUGUUAACUACCUGGUUUUAACGUCUUGUUUUUCUGCACAAAGUACAAAGUCCUGCCAGGGGUCAGAGGCUGGAAGUCUAAGCAAUGUAGUUAGUUUAGCUAUUAACUCAGACUGGGUCAGUACCGUUUCUUUGUCUAUGUUUUUAAUUAUUGUAUUUGAAUAAUGGGGCUACUCAGCUAACACGAAGAACAGUUAGCAGGAUCAAGGCUCAAAUGCUUGUUUCUGUGUAACUUCUAAAGUAAUUACAUCUCCAAACAGGAUUCAGGCUAAAUCACAAAAUAAUAGCAUAAUUUAGGUUGGAAGGGCCCUUUUAGAGGUCACCUGGUCUAGCCUUGCUCUUGCUAAAAGCAGGGCUGACCUCAAAGUUGCGUCAAGUUGUUUGGGGCCUCAUCCAGUUGGGGUUUGAAUAGCUCAUAGGAAUUCCUUCACAUGCAUACUCAGCAGCCUGAAAAGUAAAAUAAUUGAAGUCAAACUGAGUAAAUCUGUUAAAUUCUGAAGGGCUUUCUCAAUGUAGAAGGAAGCCAAUGCUAAAGACUUGCUUCCAAAACAAGCUAAGAGUAACCUGUUUGUACAGCUGAAAGGCUCAGUAGGAAUUUGGCAGGAUGAAGCCUGUCAUUGUGGUGCACGGUGGAGCUGGUCGGAUCUUUAAAGAACAAGAAAAAGGAUGUUGUUCUGGGGUUGUCAGAGCUGCACUGCAAGGUUAUGGGAUCCUGAAGCAAGGAGGCACUGCCUUGGAUGCAGUUGAGGAAGCAGUACGAUCAAUGGAAGAUGAUCCUCAUUUCAAUGCAGGCUGUGGAUCUGUUCUAAAUGAAAAAGGUGAAGUAGAAAUGGAUGCCAUUAUUAUGGAUGGAAAGAAUCUAGCCUCAGGAGCAGUUUCUGCAGUUAAACAUGUAGCAAACCCAAUAAAACUUGCUCGACUUGUCAUGGAAAAGACGAAGCACAUGCUGCUGACUGACCAUGGUGCACACCUGUUUGCUCAGGCCAUGGGUGUUCCUGAAAUCCCAGAGGAGAAACUCAUAACUGAAAGAUCCCGGGAGAGAUGGAAGAAGAACCUUGAGCCAGAUUCCAACCCUGAAGAGUUUCAGAAAGACCUGGGAACAGUCGGUGCUGUUGCCAUAGACAGUGAAGGAAAUGUAGCUUGUGCAACAUCCACUGGAGGACUCUCUAAUAAACUGAUUGGCCGUGUUGGUGACACAGCAUGCAUAGGAAGUGGAGGCUAUGCUGACAACUAUUCUGGUGCCACUUCAACCACAGGACAUGGGGAGAGCAUUAUGAAAGUGGUCUUAGCUCGACUGAUCCUCUAUCACAUGGAGCAAGGAAUGUCACCAGAGAUGGCUGCUGAUGCUGCAUUAGACUACAUGAAGACACGAGUUGGGGGCUUGGGGGGUGUCGUUGUUGUUAACAGUUCAGGGGAGUGGGCAGCAAGGUUCUCCACCAAACAGAUGUCUUGGGCUACUGUAAAGGAUGACCAACUGUACUAUGGGAUUUACCCUGGGGAGAGGCAUACAAAAUCUGUUGAUGAAGCACUUGCAUCUGAAAAUGAGGGAUUCUGAGAAUGAGGAAACAUGGACAGUAAGGAAGAAUGAAGAUUUUCAAUUUUUGUUGGAGGACGAUGAUGAUUUAAUCUUUCUGAAAGAUCUGUACUUUUUUGAUUGGUUCACAGGCAUCAUACAUUUACAGUCAAAAUGAAACCUGGCCAGAGUGAUGUUAGCUUCAGUGGUCAUGGAUAUUAGUGCUUAUUAAUAUCUUUGGAAAAUCCUGAGAUCUUCCGCUUCUAGAUAGGGAAGAGACUGGGCAAUAGAGGUUUACAGAUUUCCUGGUUAGUGUGCCUUAACUCUAUGCUAAAGGGGAGCCUAAGUUCCAGUGUUAGAGGAAGUCCUUUCCAUGCCCAUUCUCAGUGACUCCUUCUAGGAUGACUGAAGAGGUGAAUACUUAGUAAUUAAAAACUGAAUUUUGAGUGUUGCUUCACUCGAGUCUUUUGAACAGUCAUCCCAUGAUAACAAAUUGUUGCUUACUGUUAAGGGUAGCUUAUUCACAGGCUUGAGGUCACUGUCAGGAGAAAAAAAUAAUGAAGAAACUAGCCUUUCUUAAGAGUUGGGAAGUGUGAUGUGUGCUAGGGAGGCUUAUUUUAUUCCAUUCAUAGGCAUCAGACCUAGAAUUAAAAAACAAAGACCACAGCAAAGUAUGUUUAAAAUGUUUUGAAGUAUGAGUGGACAGUUAACAGGAAGGAUUACUGACUCCCCAUACCCACGGUAGUAAUAAAGAAGGUCAUGAUUUCAAUAAAAACAAAUAAAGCAAUCUUCACUGCUUAAAUAUGAAGAUGAUAGGCACCUUAUAAGUCUAAACAUGAGAGAGAUUUAUGAUUAACUGGAAAGUAAUUCUGUAAAAAGUCAAGUCAUAAAACCAAGCUGUGCUAACAUACAUACAACUGCCUCUUUUAACAAGAUUCUUUUCUUGUGUGAAGGCUGAAGUAUUUUUGGGGAGGUUGUGAUUUUUAAAAAGAUACAAAAUAUUAAACUAUAUGAUUUUAAAAAAAUGAUGUUCUGCAUUACCUGUUUUCAAUACAGUUUCUUCAUUAAGAUUUUGUAUUUGUGAAGGAAAAAAGAGCAAGAAUAUUUAAUGGAUUUUUUUUCUGUUUUCUAACUUAACUACAUCAUCUGUGUGUUAAAACAGCAUAAUAAUCUUGUACAUUUUAGCUAGUGCCAUGAGUUAAGUUUCUUCUGAAGACAGAUUUGUAUAUUAUAAUUAUAUACCAUCAUACUGUGGAAUGUUCCCUUUAGAAGAUAACCCAAAUAAACAGAAAAAAGUCUUCAA